AUGCCCGACCCAGGCCUCUACACGAUCGGCUGGGUCUGCGCCACGGCUAUCGCGCGAACAGCGGCGAAAUUCAUCCUUGACGAAGUACAUGAUGAUCUCGACGCCACGCUUCCGAACGACACCAACUCGUAUCUCCUGGGAAAGGUGGGAGUCCACAAUGUUGUUGUAUGCGUUCUGCCGUCCGGGGAGUAUGGCAUUUCGACUGCAUCGAGCUGCGCGACAAACAUGCUUCGUACGUUUCCAAAUAUACGAUUCGGAUUGAUGGUGGGGAUUGGUGGCGGAGCCCCGACGCCUGAGGACCGUAACCGUGAUAUUCGUCUUGGCGACAUCGUCGUCAGCAGCCCAUUCGGCGGUUGCUCGGGUGUGAUGCAGUACGAUUACGGGAGAGCUAUUCAAGGUCGGCAUUUCCAGACGACCUUGUCUCUCAAUAAUCCUCCCCAAUUCGUCAGAUCGGCCAUGGAAGCCCUCAAAUCUGAAUAUAUGGCCGGCCAGUACACUCUGCAGGACGAAAUCGACAGAAUUCUGGCAAAUAAUCCAGAAGCUACAGAGGACUUUGAACGUCCAGACAGCUCUAACGACCGACUCUUCGAGAGCUACGUUCUUCACCCUGGUGAAAAUUGGGUGGCCUGUAUAGACCACUGCGCCAAGCCCGAAUCGAAUAUGAAGAUACGAAAGAAGAGGCCCAAGUUUUGGGAAGGUAAACCUAGAGUCUUCUACGGCAUUAUCGCUUCCGCAAAUCGGGUCAUGAAGGAUGCGAACGUACGAGACAAAUUCGCCAGGGAGAAGAAUGUUUUGUGCUUCGAGAUGGAGGCGGCAGGACUGAUGAACAUAUUUCCAUUCCUCAUAAUUCGGGGCAUAUCCAAUUACUCCGACACUCAUAAAAAUGAUGAUUGGAAAGCGUAUGCAUCCUUGGCUGCGGCUGUUUACGCCAAAGACCUUCUUUCUCACAUACCACCCCAGAAAGUCAAGGCUCAAGAAAAUCUGAGCCAACUUCUUAAUGACAUCAAGGGACGCCUCGAAGAGGAGGACAAACGAGAGAUCCUAGCCUGGCUGACGCCAAUCGACUACACAUCCCAACAUAAUGACAAUUUAAAUCGAAGAGAGGGUACGAUUGGGGAGUGGGUUCUAAAUUCUCAGGAAUAUCGAACCUGGAAAGACGGAAAUAACCAGACUCUCUUCUGUCCUGGAAUCCCUGGAGCGGGGAAGACGAUUCUCUGCGCGAUGGUCAUAAAUGACCUUUUGGCUAGCCGUCAUGAUGAUACAAGUGUGGCAUACAUCUAUUUCGAUCGUGAGGAAAAUGACGUGCAAAGACGUGAAGAUCUUCUCGCGAGUCUUUUGAAGCAAUUGGCUGCCCGAGAUAUUAAGCUGGUCCAAGAGCUUUAUGACCACCACCAAGAAAUGCAAACGAAGCCCAAGGCGCCAGAACUGUUGCGCACCCUCGAGCUCGUCAUCCAGAGAUACAAACAGACCUUUGUCAUCCUCGAUGCGCUGGAUGAGUGCCAGACAGCAGAAAAGACCCGUUAUCUGUUUCUAAGAGACCUCUUCGAGAUUCAAAAAAGGUGCGGGAUAAAGUUAUUGGCGACGUCGAGGUUUGUGGUGGAUAUUGAGGAGCAUAUCGAAGGGCGCUCCAAGCUUGAGAUUUGCGCACGUCCUGCUGAUAUUGAGUUAUUCCUGGCUGGGCCGUGUCAAGUUCACUUCUGA